UUCCGAAUCUGUCCCUGUCCGAUCCGUGAGUCCGUAAAAGUUACGUGACCGUUGAUAUUGGAAAGUAUUUCCCUUCAUUAAAAGAGGCAUCAUGGCGAAAGAGACAAUGAAAGCGGUGGUGUUCAAGGGGCCAAAGCACGUGGUCGUGGAGGAACGACCAGUUCCCAAGAUUCAAGAUCCCAAAGACAUCAUCGUCAAGGUGGAUGCUACGGCACUGUGCGGAAGCGAGCUCCAUGUCUACCGGGGCCACCAGCCCAGUCCGACGGGCUUCAUCAUGGGGCAUGAGUUCACCGGAGUGGUCGAGAAGGUGGGAAGUUCGGUGAAGACGGUCCAAAAGGGAGAUAAGAUCGUGUCACCGUUCACUCUGUCCUGCGGAGAAUGCUUCUAUUGCGCCCAUGGCUUCUCCUCCCGGUGCGCGAACGGACUACUGUUCGGCUCGGCUGGUCUAGAUGGCGGGCAGGCGGAAUAUGUCCGCAUUCCGUUCGCCGAUACCACGGUAAUGAAAGCCCCCGCCGAAAUCGAAGACAAGUACCUCGUCCUGAUGGCCGACAUUUUCCCCACCGGCUAUUACGCAGCGCACAACGGCUUCAAGCACCUCACGCCCGAUGUCAUUGCAACUUCCACGGUCCUGUUGCUCGGGUGUGGUCCGGUCGGUCUUUGCGCGCUCGUCAAUGCGUUGGACUACAAACCCAAACAUCUGCUGGCAGUCGACGGGGUGGACAGCCGGUUAGACCUGGCGAAAGGGCUCGGGGCGGAGCCGUGGAACUUCAUGACCAACCGUGAUGGUCUGGACAAGCGAGUUCGAGAGCUGACGGACGGACGGGGCGUGGAUGUGGUCAUCGAGGUGGUGGGGUCCAGCCCGGCGUUGAGGAUGGGAUUCGAUCUCCUCCGACCGUGGGGAAUCCUGAGCAGUGCAGGAGUGCACAACGGAGAGAUCCCGUGGACUGCCAAUCAAGCAUAUGGCAAGAAUCUUCGCAUCCAGAUGGGACGCUGUCCGGUGCGGUCCAUCUUCCCCGAAGCUUUGAAGCAGCUGGAGAAGAAGCAGCAUCUACUCAGCUUCAUGGCGGACAAGAUCAUGCCAUUGUCAGAAGCUGUGGAAGGAUAUGAACUGUUCGACGGCAUGAAGGUCCAGAAAGUGGUGUUUGAGGGCCAAAAAUGAUCGACUGGAAGCUGGGUGAAGUUCGAUUCAUGAGUGUACUUAGUUGGAUAUCGCGUCCAGUGCAAUAUUGGUUCCAGUCCCUCCUUGCUUAAGUAUGCAUUAACAAGAUUCCUAAGAAUGUGAUGGGAUG